AAAGCUUUUUCCCUAAUCUGUUCACUCUCUGUCUCUCUCUCGGAUUACUCUGAUUUUAGAACUCAGCAGCUUCAAUUUCGUGGAGACAUGCCUGUAGCGAGACCAGAGACCUCGGAUGUUAGGGUUAUCGCUCAUGUCGACAUGGAUUGCUUCUACGUUCAAGUGGAGCAAAGGAAGCAACCGGAGUUGCGAGGACUUCCUACAGCAGUUGUACAGUACAAUGAAUGGCAAGGUGGUGGUUUGAUUGCUGUUAGUUAUGAAGCACGUAAAUGUGGUGUAAAGCGGUCAAUGAGAGGUGAUGAGGCUAAGGCUGCUUGCCCUGAAAUUCAAUUGGUUCAAGUUCCUGUUGCUCGUGGUAAAGCUGACUUGAAUUUAUAUCGCAGUGCGGGUUCUGAGGUGGUAUCGAUUCUAGCACAAAGCGGUAAAUGUGAGAGGGCUUCGAUUGAUGAAGUGUAUCUUGACCUCACUGAUGCAGCAGAAAGUAUGCUUGCUGAUGCACCUCCGGAGAGUUUGGAAUUGAUUGACGAAGAAGUGCUUAAAUCCCAUAUUCUUGGAAUGAGCAGAAAGGAUGGAGAUGAUUUCAAGGAGAGUGUCCGUGAUUGGAUAUGUCGGAAAGAUGCUGAUCGCCGUGAUAAGUUAUUAAGUUGUGGAAUUAUCAUUGUUGCAGAACUCCGGAAACAGGUGCUUAAGGAGACUGAGUUUACUUGUUCUGCUGGCAUAGCCCAUAACAAGAUGCUAGCGAAACUUGCUAGUGGGAUGAAUAAACCUGCCCAGCAAACCGUUGUACCAUAUUCAGCUGUGCAGGAACUACUCAGUUCCUUGCCUGUAAAGAAAAUGAAACAGCUGGGAGGAAAGCUGGGCACUAGCUUGCAAACUGAUCUGGGAGUUGAUACUGUGGGGGACUUGUUGCAAUUUUCUGAAACAAAGCUGCAAGAACAUUAUGGAAUAAAUACUGGUACUUGGUUAUGGAAUAUCGCAAGAGGGAUCAGUGGAGAAGAAGUGCAAGGUCGCCUUCUCCCCAAAAGUCAUGGUUCAGGAAAGACAUUUCCCGGACCUCGUGCUUUGAAGUCACUCUCAACUGUUCAGCAUUGGCUGAAUCAGCUUUCCGAAGAACUAAGUGAGCGCCUCAGUUCUGAUUUGGAGCUGAAUAAGCGGAUUGCGAGUACCCUUACCCUUCAUGCUAGCGCUUUCAAAUCAAGGGAUUCAGAUUCUCAUAAGAAAUUUCCUUCAAAAUCAUGUCCCCUGAGAUAUGGAGUAACCAAGAUCCAAGAAGAUGCCUUUAAUCUGUUCCAAGCUGCCUUACGUGAGUACAUGGGACCUUUUGGGAGCAAACCUGGAAAUAAACAAGAGACAUGGAGAAUAACAGGCCUUUCUGUUUCUGCAAGUAAAAUUGUUGAUAUACCAUCUGGAACAAGCUCGAUAAUGAGAUACUUUCAAAGUCAAUCUACUGCUCCUUCUCGUUCAGCAGAUGGUUGUGUUCAAGAUCAUGUAGAGAUGACUCCUUCAGCUACUGAAGGUUGUUCAGUACAGAGAUCAACAGAAGCCCAAGCAAUAAUACAUGAAGAAGACACUGGUGUAACUUAUACUUUGCCUAAUUUUGAAAACCCAGAUAAAGACAUUGAUUUAGUCUCCAAAGAGGAUGUUGUCUCUUGUCCAUCAAGUGAAGUAACGGUUAUUCCUACCCAAUUAGAAUCAAACAGAAGCACACAAACAAAGAGAACUGGGCGGAAGAUAAACAACCAAAAUGAAAAGAAUCGAGGAAUGCCUUCAAUUGUCGAUAUUUUCAAGAAUUACAAUGCAACUCCUUUAUCGAAACAAGAGACUCAAGAAGAUUCCACAGUGUCAUCAACCAGUAGAAGAGCCAACUUCAGUAGCAGCAGCCAUAGUAAUAAAGUGAACCAAGAGGUAGAAGAGAGAAGAGAAACAGAUUGGGGAUACAAGAUCGAUGAAAUCGAUCAGUCAGUUUUCGAUGAAUUACCAGCUGAGAUUCAACGAGAACUCAGGAGUUUCCUACACCCUAAUAAGCGGCUUAACACCAGUAAAAGCAAAGGUGAUGGUUCUACUUCAAGCAUUGCUCAUUAUUUUCCACCAUUGAAUAGAUAGAUAGAUCCAAGCUCCUUUGUCUCUCUUGUUGACUGUAUAUAUAUACUAGUAGCCAGUCAUUGUCUUGUAUUUAAAAUACUAGAUUAUUAAGCACAAACUUAUAUUUAAAAAAAGUUAUUUUUAGAGCUAUUAAUAAACUAAUAAUUAU